GUUGCGCGAACGGUUUUCUUUCGUGUGAGGUACAACAUCCUUCUUGCAUCUAGUUAUUAUGCAGACUAGUGGUGCAGCGAGGGUCAAGUACCACUUGUUCUUCAGGCCAGAAACCCUCAAAGAGCAAGCUGUGGUAGGAACGAAGACAGUGCUCAUCGAAAUGCCAGAGGCAGAAUGCUCGCUCUCCUUGAAAGCAGCACUUUGUGGUACGGCGCGCGCGACUUCACAUUUGCGCGUGCGGCCGACCUAUCCAGAACGCUGCCGCCGUCGUGCACCGAAAUGCCCGCGCUGGUGCGCGCUCGACUCUCUCCCCUGUCAUACCAUGCGCUACCAACCUUUCCCCUCCCCCCGGGGACCGCCGCCAACACCGUUGCCGUGCGAUCUGUCGCCACCAUUGUUGCGACGCAGCCGGGAGGUGGGCGCACAAGGGGACGAUGAUUUCGAGGGCGUGGUCACGAAGGAGAUGGUGCAGACUGGGAAAUCGUACGAGAUCUUCUCAGCGGACAGGACGCGGCUCGUGCGAGCCAGCAACACCAAGUCCAGCCGCUGCAACAAGUUUUUGGGUUACGCCUGGGGGGGCUACGUGCUCACGUUUGAAGGCCCACACCCAUCCCCACCGUCGGCGGCGGAGACUCAAGAACCAUCCCCGCCGUCGUCGGCGGAGACUCAAGAAGAUCAAGAUGAGGACGAAGGGCAACAAGAGCAAGAAGUGCAAGAAGAACAUCAGCAUGGACAACACGAAGAGCAACAAGAGCGAGAAGAGCGAGAAGGCCCAUCUGCAUCAUCCCCGUCGGCGGCGGCGGCGGAGAAGAAGACUGAAGAAGAAUACAAAGAAGGAGAAGAGGAACGUUCCUCGUCCUUCUCCUUCUCCGGUUCCCCGGACGCCUACCGCCUGCACAGCGACAUGCAUGGCGGCAACACUCUGUUCUUCCUGGGGAAGUGCUACCCGGCGGAGUGGGUGGUCUGGGACGUCGGCGGGAAGACGGACGGGUCGUGGGAGAUGCUGGAGCUGAGGUGGCAGGAGGGCGGGAAGAAGUUCACCAUCUCGGGGCACGGGGGCCAGCACGUGAGGUGGAAGGAUGCCGAUGGGGUUUUCCGGGGGACGCGGAGCGAGAACAAGGCCACCGAGUUCGUCUUGAAGGAGAAGAUCAGCAGCGCCACCGGCAAUGAUGCCAGCAGCACGAACGGAAGCAGCAGCAGCAGCAGCAGCAGCAGCAGCUGAUGCCCGCGAGCGAGCGUGCCUUGUCGCGUGACCUUGAUAUUAUUAUUUGAGUUUGUUUUUGUUUUGCGUCCCCCGGCCAUCGAUCGAUGUACGUGACCUCGAUCACCGGGCAUUUUACGUUGCCUUGAAUGCAAUUUGGUUGUUUUCUUUUUUGCAGUUGCAUUGGUACCCCCGGAGUCGGUGGUUGUGAUAUUUCCAACCUUGUUUGAUUCUAUUAUUAUUUUUGCCUCGCAUAGCGCGCAGAGGGGAGCGGAGGGCUCCAGAGCAUUGCUUUGAUUUUUGUUUGAUGUUAACGCUCUGCUGACCCUUCGGGUCCAUUUCCGGGUCCAUUCCUUUUUCAGUGCACAUUGUUUGUCAAGUCGCGGCCGAGAUGAAGCUGAGUUUCUGAACCAUUUUUUCUCGUUUUUCGUAAACGUCUGAAUUUUUUUUCUCAACUGCAUUUUUCGUGUUUGCGGGCGGGCCCGUUGUGUAGGACUGACGAGUCAGCCUUCAGGGUUGGGGUUAUUGCCGAGUAAUUGCCGCAUCCUCAAUGAUUUGCCAUCCCUUCGUUCUGUCGCCGAAAUGGCUAGAUAGAGCCGCGUCCAUUACUCCCCCCCAAGACCGCGCACUCGAGCGCGGUCGGUCCUCGGUAUGACACACGUGACGCGGGGGGACGCGCUGCAAACCGCGUUGUCACCAUUCACUACCAGAACCUGCCUGUCAGGUAAGGAUUGCAACCAGCCUGACAAGAGAUUUUGAGACGUGCGUGUGUAUGCUGUGGCUGGAGAUAGC